AACUCCCCCCCAGUCUCCCUCUUCUAUAUCCGUCUUCUCACUUCUCACUUCUCACUUCUCACUCUCACACAGACAUUUUCACAAACACAGAUACCUCAACAACAAUGGCGUCCCUAACACCAGGGAUACUCCUGAAGCUCCUUCAAGCAAUGAACUCAAACACACGCGUCACCGGCGACCACCGCUCCGCCCUCUUACAAGUCAUCGGAAUCGUACCCGCCCUCGCCGCCGGCCAAGACCUCUGGUCCUCACGCGGCUUCUACAUUCAGCUCUCCGACUCACUCAACUCCACCUACGUCAUUCUCCCUGACCCUGACUCUGAUCUUAUCCUCUCUAACCGCCUCCAGCUCGGUCAGUUCGUCUACAUCGACCGCCUUGUCUUUGAUUCCCCUCUCCCCUCCGUCUCCGGAAUCCGUCCCCUCCCCGGUCGCCACCCCUUCGUUGGAACCCCUGAGCCUCUCGUUGCUCGAAUUUCCUCUUCUUCUCGUGAUUUCCUCAUCCAACCGAUUUCUGAUUCGGAUCUUAAUUCUGAUCCGCUUGCGUUGUACCUAUCGGGAAAGAAGGAAGUGGUUAGGGCAGAGAACACUGAACCCCCGAUGCAGAAGGAGGCUAGGGUUUUGACGAGGCAGCCACUUGCACCGAGGGAGAAUUUGCCGGCGAGUAGGUUCUCGUCGCCAGCGACGGGUAAGAGGUCGCAGAGUGCUGGAAAGAAGAGUAAUUCGGUGGUUACACCGGCUGCGGAGAGGGAUCCUUCGCCGGCUGGGAAGGUGAAGAGGUCCGCCUCUCCGGUGCCUUCGAAAUGUGUGGUCCCGAGUUUGGUAUCGGCGAGGGAGGAAAAUCGGAGGGUGGCAAGGGAGCCGGCGAUAGUGGUGCCAUCAAGGUACCGGAAUCCAUCGCCGACGGGGAGGAAGCAGCCGUCGCCAAAUCCGAGGAGGGCGUCCCUGUCUCCAGGGAGGAGGUUGUCCGGCGUAUUGAAAUUCUCCCCGGCAGUGGGGGAUUCCUCCGGGAAGAAGAAGAUGGCUACCGUGGCUGCUGGAAUUACGAAGGUGUCAGAAGUACUUGUUGGAUCUGCGAAGGGAAGUGGCGGGAGGAAGAUUUGGGAUGAACAACUUGGUGCUGGGACUGUAACACCACCUACUUCUGAGGUUGAACACAGAGAGAAGGGUUCGUCAAAAAAUAAGGUUGACCCACAAGCAAUUUUACGUACUCAGGCUGCAAUGUCAAGGCGAUUAAGCGAUGUGAAUGGUAAUAAAACUAACAGCAGUGAUUCUUCAACCAACGAGAAGAGUAAACGCGGUUCUCCUGAGCGUGGUGUGAGCAGAGAGAAGUGCAAUUUUGCUUCUUUGGGCAUCACCAUUCAUGAAAAGAAGUGGACAGAUGGUAGUGUUUCAUUGGAUUCAGUGUCUUCAAACCUUGCUAAGCUCGGAAAGGAAGCUAUGCAAAGAAAAGCUCUCGCUUCUGCAGUUGCUGCUGAAGCAUUGGAGGAAGCCAAUGCUACUGAAUGUGUUGUAAGAAAUCUAAGCAUGUUUUCGGACCUCUGCACAGUUUGCCAGGCUAGGAAUCCUUUGCCAACCAUAGACAGAUUCUUCACUAUCUACAAUGAUGUCCUAAGAACAACUGCAAUAGCUGAAUCUGUUGUCAAAAGUCAUAAUCCUGACACAUUUGAAGAUAGCAUUCCAACAGAGAAAUCAAAGUCACUCGCUUUGUGGGUUGAAGCUGCUUUGGCCACUGAUCUUCAGAUAGUGUCCCUUCUUACUGGCACAGGCGUGGAUUCCCCGUCGACACUGCCAAAAAGCUUGUCGAAACGGCACUCUCUCAGUGCAUCCAAAAACCAUCUAAAGGGCUCUUCACCACAAUCCAAUCUCAAUGGUGUAUGGACAAGAGGCAGUGGAAUGAAGGAUACGGUAGAGCUUGGAAGAAAUUUGUUGUCUGAAAUGCAAAUGUGGUUUCUACGCUUUGUUGAGGAGUCCCUUGAAGCAGGGUUCAAAGUGUUUGGGGAUUGUGGUGCUGAUGGGAAGAGGGCGUUGUUGCCUCUUGAUGGUGGCUCCAUUGCUGUUGUGUUGUCACAUUUGAAGCGUGUGAAUGCAUGGCUGGACCGUGUGGUUUCCAAAGAGAAUGAUUCAUUGAGUGAUAAGAUUGAAAGUCUGAAGAGAAAGAUUUAUGGGUUUGUUAUUCAGCAUGUAGGAACAACUUUCGAUAACUCGUCUUCUCCUUCUUCAUCUUGAUUCUUUUUUUUCUAUUAAUAGAACUUUUGUGUUUGGUCCUUUCUUCCUUUUUUGGACAGUAUUUGUAUGUUGAAAGUGAUGAAAAGAGGAGGAUGCUUCUUCCGUCAAAAAAGAAAGUUAUUUCUUCGGGUACUUUAGUGUACAAUUUCUUUAUUUUCUAGUAAAAAAAUUUUAUUUGUAAAGAGGGUUCCCACAA